AUGCUCAGCGCAGAUCCCAGUCCUCCUGUGCGACACGGUGUGUUUCUCAUUUUAUUCUUUUCGUGCUGUGUGAGUUGUUCUGGAGGAAAGCGUGUGUUUAAAUGUCCUUCAGGCUGCACCUGCACCACUGAGACCAUCAUCUGCGUCGGAUCAUCCUUCAUCCCCCGGACUGUCCCUGCCGACAUCAGCUCUCUGAGUAUUGUCAAUGGCACGUUCCCAGAAAUCAGAGAAGCCACGUUUGCCCUGAUGCCAUCCCUGCACUUGCUGCUUCUCAAUUCCAACUCCAUCUCCUGCAUAAAGGACGAUGCCUUCACCGGCCUUCCUCGCCUCGAGUACCUAUUCAUCGAGGGGAACAAGAUAGAGGAGAUGAGCAGACACGCCCUCAGAGGACUUCGAGACGUCACGCAUCUGUCUUUAGCAAACAACAAUAUGAAAAGUUUACCCAAAGGCCUGUUCUCUGACCUGCACUCUCUCAUGGAGCUAGAUUUGAGAGGAAACCAUUUUCAGUGUGAGUGCCAGUCCAUGUGGCUGAUGCUGUGGCUGAAGAAGACGAACGCGACGGUUUCAGAUGUUUACUGUGCAGAACCGGAGGAGAUGAAGGGCAUCCUGCUGAAGGACUUCCCUGAGAAACACGCCAAGUGUGUCUCCACCGAUUUCAUUCCUCACCAGACCAUAAACACUCAGUCCAUGUCAGCGGACAUUUUCUCCUAUAAAGAAGACGUGUAUGUUGCUCUGGCCGUGCCGAACUCAGACAGCUGCAUCAUCAUGGAGUGGGACCACAUCGAAACCCACUUCAGGCCUUUCGAUAACAUCACAGGACGGUCCGUGAUUGGCUGCAGGUCGGUGUUGAUUGACGAGCAGGCGUUCGUGAUCGUCGCUCAGCUCUUCGACGGCUCUCGCGUCUACAAAUUCGAACGGGAGCAGAACCAGUUCACCAAGUUCCAAACGGUGGAAAUGCUCAACGUGUCCAAGCCGAACGACAUCGAGGUGUUCCGACUCAGGGACGACUGGUUCUUCCUGAUCGUGGACAGCUCCAAAGCGGGCAUGUCCACCCUGUUCAAGUGGAACAACACCGGCUUCUUCCCGUAUCAGUUUCUCCACGAGUGGUUCCGCGACACGGACGCGGAGUUCGUCGACCUGGACGGGAAGUCCGUGCUCAUCCUGACGAGCCGUUCUCAGGUCCCCGUCAUCUACCAGUGGAACAAGAGCACCCAGACGUUUGUUCUCUUUGAGGACAUACCGAAUAUGGACGACAUGGUGAGCGUGAAGGCCUUCAGGAUCGACCGCGUCCUCUACCUGGCUCUGGCCUGCUACAUAGGAGACUCGAAGGUCCUCAAGUGGACCGGGAAGCGCUUCGAGGAAGUUCAGGGCUUCCCGUCGCGUGGCGCGAUGGUCCUCCAGCCGUUUAGCUUCAGAGAUCAGAAUUAUCUGGUCCUGAGCAGCGAUUACUCCUUCUCUCAGAUCUUCAGAUGGGACAAGGAGAAGCAGAUCUUCAUCAAAUUCCGGGAGGUGUACGUUCAGUGGCCUCGUUCUUUUACUCCGUUAUCGAUGGGUCAGCGCGAUUUUCUCCUCGCCACCAGUUUUAAGGGGAAAACGAAGGUUUUUGAACACGUCUCAGUCGACUACAGCUGAUGAGACUAAGAGCACUGUGGUCUGACGUAGAGCUGGGCGAUAAUCAAGUUUCACUGAUACCAACGUUUCAUUUGUUUUAUUUAUUGGCGCUACAGUUCUAUUUUGUUAUUCAGUAUUGUUGAUAGUUUCACUGCAGAAUUGCUAACAUUCACCUUUCUUUGAGCACAGCUUCCGGCUAAUCAGGGCGAACCUCGGGGCAGAAAUGAUUGUGACUUCAGUUAAAUACAUAUACACUGUGAGUCUGGUUCAGCGGCGGUUUUAGAAAUAAAUGAUGGCUGCCUGAGCCGUCUGCGGCUGUUUAAAGGAUAGUUUACCGCAUUUUUUAUGUAGUGUUUAAUAUAAUGAAGUUGAUUUUUGUGUGAAAUUCAUUUUUGAAUGAUAUUACUUUACAGGUACAGUCCUGUAGGUAAAAGUAUAAUACCUGAACCAACUUGAGGUGUGUGCAGGACUGUUUAUUAAAUCCUCUUCCCAUGGAAAGUUUGGCCAAUCCCACCGGCUUCCGCCGUUAUCUUUCGUUCGUACACGUCCGCAGUAUUUUCUGAUGCGCUUUAUUGUUUUAUUUCUAAAGAGCUGCUGAGGUGACCAGUGACACCAAGAUACCACAGAGAGUUCAACUUGAGCCCAUUUUAGACGCAGUGACGCUACUGGGGUGGCUCUCUACAGUGGGGCAGAAUACUAAUCUACAUCCAUUAAAAACGCCACAAUGUGGCGUCCCCUAUCUGUGUACGGCAUGAGUAAAUACAAUCCCCAUCAGACAUGAAAGGCAUUUUUUUGAGGAAAUCCAACGUUAUGCCUCGCGAUAAUGAAUAUUGUUAAUGCAAAAAAUGUAGCCUGUAGAACCUGUAGUCAGGUUCUGUGUUAGCGAGCUAGACUUGUUGGCAUUCCUCUGCACAUAUCUGAGAGAUGUUAUAGAGUGCAUGCUUAAUAUAUGGUCUCCAGUUAAUUAUUUAAUGGGAACGGGUGAAAACGUUGGUCAAAAUAAGCCGCUUAAAGUGAUACAGGAUAUAACGGUAUAUCCGUGUAGCGUCGUUCCAAGAUUAAUAAUCAAGUGUAAUAUUAUCAAUCCUCUCCAUUCGUAGAUUCCUGCGGUGUAAAAACAAACAAACCCUGAUUGCCCUGAUUCUCUUACUCAUUUUAAAUACAGUAUUUUGUGACCUCGAGAUAGACAUCAAGAAACUUAACUUAUGAUCUCAAAAUAUUAUCUCAUAGCCAAAAUAAUUACCCCACGUCACCUCAGUGGCUCCUCAGAAUAUGGCCGAAUCAGUCAUUUAAAGCACAGCGACUCUGGCUAGGUUAAAGCCGGGUUAAGGCAGUAAAUGUGUUACGUAGCUUAAGACACUCAACAUGGCUGUUUUUCAUCCUGAAAGUUUCCCACGACUUUUUUAUUGGGUCCCAAUGGAUCCCGGUCCUAAGCCACACCUCCAGUACCAACAUAGCGACGAGUGAUUGUACCUUAAAACCCCAGUUUAGAAUCAUUUUUUUCAUUAGCAAGAUAUUUAGGCAAAAAAAAAAAAAAAGGUUUUUGUAUUUGGCAAUCAUUUCUUUUCAUAUCGCCCAGCUCUAGUCUAACGAUAAUACAAUAUCAAGACUAACGUGAAUUGAAUCUUUCCCCGAUGAACAUAUAUGCGUAAUAAUCCUGUCUUGGCCAGUGCAAUAUUAUAUCAGAGAAUAAUAUGGCCUUUCCGUAUCGCCUGGAAGAGGCGUACCCAUGGUGCAUGUCUGUAUUACCCAAUAUGCAAUGGUUUUACAUUUACAGUUAUAUUACAAAUCAGUUAUACGGAUUCCCAAAAGCAUCAAACGUACAGUGUGUUUAAUAUUUAAUCCUACAUCCGUACUUUUGGGGAAUCCAAGUCUUGCUGCUUAUCAUCUCCUGAGCUCGAGGGCUUUUCACAUUCUGUGUUUUUGGUCUAACAGACUGUUACCUGCUGAGAGGAGCAAUAAUUUAACGCUGAUUUAACGCUAUGCAAGUAGAGGUAGAGACGCUGACCAAAGACUAACAUGGAGCGCUGGCAAUACUUCCUGUAGAGAAUGAACGCCUUAUUUAUUAAUGCUGCAUCCACUAUAUGGCUCCUGUAAAAAAAAUAAUAAUAAUAAUAAUUUUAAAAAAAGGUUUCAAAAAGCCAUGUGCAUUAAAUGUGUAUAUAUAUGUAUAUAUAUAUAUAUAUAUAUAAAGAAGAAA